AUGGAGUUAGUGAGAACUCAUAAGGGAUGGAUUGGGGUCGAUGCGCUGCAGCGCUGUGAGACUGGGGUCUACGGGAAGUUUAUAAAGGAAGUGUACGAGACACUAAGAGCGAGCCCACAAUGGAACGAAACCCUACUUUUGAUCACUUACGACGAGCACGGUGGAUAUUUCGACCACGUUCCAACACCGGUUCGCAAUGUGCCUAGCCCGGACGGUAUAGUCGGACCAGAACCAUUCCUAUUCGAAUUCAACCGCUUAGGUAUUCGUGUACCAACAAUAGCUGUGUCUCCAUGGAUCGAGAAAGGAACGGUCGUACAUGGACCAAACGGGUCACCAUUCCCAUCAUCUGAAUAUGAGCAUUCUUCGAUUCCGGCGACUGUAAAGAAACUAUUCAAUCUAUCGACGCCUUUCCUCACAAAAAGAGAUGAAUGGGCAGGGACGUUUGAGAACAUUUUGCAAAUCCGGAAAGAGCCUAGAACUGAUUGUCCCGAGACGUUACCCGAACCGGUUAAGAUAAGAAUGACUGAGGCGAAUGAGAAUGCUAAAUUGAGUGAGUUUCAGCAAGAGCUUGUACAACUAGCUGCGGUUCUAAAAGGAGAUGAUGUACUUACAGCAUAUCCUAAAGAAAUAGGAAAAGGAAUGACUGUGAUUCAAGGGAAGAAGUAUAUGGAAGAUGCUGUGAAACGAUUCUUAGAGGCUGGUCGUUUAGCUUUAGACAUGGGAGCGAAUAAAGAAGAGCUUGUUCAUAUGAAACCUUCCCUUACUGGAAGAAGACAUUAAGCUCGUUCUCCCCUUAAAUUUCUAUCAUAUCUCACCUUUUCCUUUGUUACUUAUACAAGUCAAACACCUCAUAUUUUACUAAUAAAAUGUGUUUUAAUUAACACU